UUCAGUAAUGAACACACCAAGACCUCCCUCCCAACACACACGCACAUAAAUGCACGCAAAAGAGGAAGUGCCUACAAUUGCCACAGUUCAGAGACAGAUAAAUGAAGAGAUUAUGUGAAUGCUGGGGGAAAAUGGACUGAUGGAGUCCCAAAGGUGGCUUAAAGUAAAAUAAAAAGAAAGAGGGAAAUCCCUUUCUCCUCCCUUUCCAGGCACUGAGGCGCGAGGGCGAUGACGUCAGCUGGCUUGAUGGUUUGGCUGUGGUGAAGAAGACAGAUGACUUGUGAGAUAAAGCUGUGCUGGCCUGCUGUAGACGGAUGAUGAUGCUGAGGUUCACAUGCUAGUGUUAACCUUUUGAAAUCUCAGGAGAACCUACUCCACAGAGCUGUCCCUCUCUGGUAUCCCACCUCUGCCAAGAUGAUGCCUAUGAGGACACUGUUAUUCACUGCACUCCCUCUGCUGGUGCUGAGUUCUAAGUUUGAGCAGUGCUCUUUGCAGAGCACAACUUUCCACGGACAUCCAGUGCUGGACUCCCUGCAGUGCUAUAAUGACUUCACUACCCACAUGCACUGCACUUGGGAAGAGGACCCACAUACACCUUUGCAGUUGCUGAUAAAAAAUAGCGAAAAAAAUGAUGAUUGUGUUUCUGAUGGACUUGGUAUGCUGUUGCCCAAUGGGAAGCGCUAUCGUAGCUGUGUCUAUAAAACUAAAAUAUUUCACUGGGGAAAGUGGACCGUCUACUUCACCACAUCCUGUCCAUCUAAAGAAGCAACUCUUAACAUAGCUCAGCACGGCAAAGUCCUAAGCCCAGUAAAUGUAAUGGAGAAAAAAGUUGAUGGUGGGCGAAUGCUGAGCUGGAGCAGUCCGUACCCUUCCUCAUCCCCUCUCACAAAUUCACUCACCUACCAGGUCAAAUACAGAAGGCAUGGACAUGACUGGAUUGUGGUAGAUAAUAUAAAUACCAAUCAAUGGGUGAUUAAGGAGCAGGAGCUGCCAGGUUAUGGGUAUGAGGCCAGAGUGCGAGCGCGGGGUCGAGUGGGCAUGUGGAGCAACUGGAGUCCUCCAGUGUCCUGGAUCACUGAGGAAGAAGAAGGUGUUUUCAACCUGCAGUGUGUAAUAGAGGAAAGGGGUGUGUCGUGUAGCUGGCAGGUAAAAAGAGAGCACGCCCAGUUCCUCUCAUUUUACCUGUGCUCGCACACUAAUGGAUCAAAUUUGGAGUGUCAACAUUGUGAUAACCACAUCAACCAGCCAGGUCAUGUUGUGCUGGAUUUCACAUGUCUGGUGGUCGCUUCUGAGCCUGAGAUGCUGACCAUGGAGCUUAAAAGUGUCCACAACAGCAAGGAUUUUGCAAACACCUUGAACAUUCAGCCUCCGCGUCUAAACCGUGUCCAGGUGAGCGAGAAGGAUGGCAUUUGGAAGCUGACCUGGUCCAGACCCAACGUCAGUGAAGCUCUCAGACUCUUCUAUCAACUACAGCUCUAUAACAACGACACAGGGGAUUUCACGCUUUUCAAUCUUACUGAAGGUGAUUUCUGUUUAAACUUGAACCCCUCCAACCUAAGGCCCACUAAUACAUACAUGGCUCGGGUCAGAGCACUGCCAUCAGAUUCCUUUAGAGGGCGACCCUCUGACUGGUCUGAGCCUGUAUACUUCAAAAGCGGUUCAGCUUUCUCCAUUGCAGCCAUUAUUUACAUCAUGACUGCUCUGUUUGUGGCCAUGUUUUUUAUCGUCCUGUAUAAGGCUCUUCCAUCCUGCCACAGGAGAUUAGAGCUAUGGAAGGUGUCUAUUCCCUCUCCCAUUAAGAGCAGAGUCCUGGAGGAAAUUAGUAAUAAGAGUUCUCCUGCUGUCAGGGGCAAUCUCUACAGUGAGAAGGAGAAAACCUCUGUGUGUAUCAUGCAACCCUCAGAUAACCCAAUCAUCUGCAAGGGCAGUAUCUCAGAAUACCCACUUUUGCCAUAUAGUGAUGACGACCUGACCAAAUCAGAAUGCACGCACGGACUGGACCACACAUCCUCCUACAUAGAGGGAAGUGGAAUGUCAGUCAAGUCUACCAUGAGCUUCACUGGACCUUACAUUCUGUGCCAGCAAGACUCUUCAUCGCAAAGUGAAACGUUGGACACGUCCUUCUACUCUAACUCAACUUUUGAAGAAGACAGCAGAUCCAUUAUCAAUGAGAAUGCCACUGACUCUCUUGCAGCAAAUGGAGGAUACGUUUCAUCCCCUCCCACCUCUCUGCCUUCCACAGAACACUCCGCCUCGUCGGAUAAUCCAGCCACUGGGGGCACAAACCCUGGCCUGUUACAGCUCCCAAAGGACGAUCCCCCUGCAUACACGCCUAACCCCACUGCGAUGCCUGGGGUGCUCUUUUCUAACCGGUCAGGCUACUGUUUGAUGCCCAAUAUGGAGAUAAAUGUUGCAGCCUGGGUGCAAGUCUCUGCUCCACCACCAGGGGGCAAUACAGACAGCCAGUCAGUUGUUGCAGGAGAUGGAGACCAAAGUGCGCGUGGCUAUGUGACUCUCUCUCAGCCUGCAAUCUAAUGGUGUGUUCAGACAAUUAUCAUUGACUUGUUGAGAGUCGUAACUAUGGCUGGCUUGCAUUUGGUAGCUGAUAAAUGUAUCACACAAACAAUACAUAUAGACAGGGAGAUGGAACAAUGACAUUGCGCACUGCAAAAAAGACAUUUCCAAGCCGUGGAAGAUGUGGAAGCCAGGCAGGAACACUGCUGUUUGCUGUUCAAACUCUUUGUUAUAUGGUCCACAACGCAUACUUGAGGACGGGUUAUUUGAGAUGGAUUUUUUCCUGCCACUAGCUGGAUAAUGCAGAAGUAAGCGCAGCAGUUAAUGUUACUGCUAGGACACUGAAUGUCUUUAAUAACUAGCCUCUACAUCAGUGCCUGUGCUAGCAGCCAGGAACACCAUGGAUCUCCAAUGAUUGAUGUAUUUGUGUAAAGCAUGCUGGGUAAUGUAAUGAGAGAACACUGAUGGACAAAAACACAAAAAGAAUACAGGACAUGAACUGAUGAGGCUGAGAAUGUUACAUAACUUGACAAGUAACAUGCUAAAUGCUACUUUUAGGCCAAAAUGCCCCUUUAACUUGGGACUUUGUUUGCCAGCCUUAUUUACUGUGUUCACAUGGUAUCUGAGAAUGGAACUACUGGCUUGUGAUACGUCAAAACUCGACCAAGUUUAUGACUCAUAUUUCUGACUUUGGGGUAAAAUCAGAAGUUCACAAGGACCGUUCAGACCUCAGUUUUUUCCUGAAUGGGAUGUGAUCUUUUCUGAGUUUCUGAAUUAUUUUGUAUUGUAUUUUUAUAUUUUUGAAAGUUUCAUCGAGCAGCUUUUGCAUUGCCAUAUCUGAGAGGGGCAAUAACGAACAUCUGGACAGAAUGUGACUCAAUCAGAAACUCAACCAUCAGCCUUUUCAUCCCGACAUAUAAACUAAUAUAAACUCACUAGAGUAGACUCUUCAACAGUACGCUAAGCUUGGACCAUGCAGUGUGGCAAUCUGACCAACAAAUAGCAGUGCUGUUGGUGCACGCAUUGAGAACUCAUUGUACCUCUCUCCUCCUUUGCAUUACAUAUCACACAAAGUUGUGUGAUUACUAAAAAUUAUACAUGCACUAUAGUUAAUUCCUGCAACAAUGAAUGUAUCUGUCUAUGUAAGGAUCGUUUCUUUCAUGAGGAUCGCACAGUAAGACUGAAUGUAAACAGGGCACUUAGUGGAACCUUGUUUUAGUUUUUUUUAUGCUUGCACUUUGACUGGGAUGCCAUCUUAAAUAUUAAAAAAGUGUGUUGUGGCUAGUGUUAA